CGGUCGGGAUGAUAACAUUGUUGCAAACUGGGUAUAUAACAGACCUCAAAAUGAAACGAUUUAGUUAACCGGUUUCGAAUCGAAGAUAUCCCAAAAUAUCAAAAAGUACCUAAAAACAAAACCAUUUUUUGAAAAAAAAUGUCUCUAAAACAUUUUUCUCUUCUCGCUACCAUCACGGCUGUCUUGCUGGUCGCCGUAAAUUGCGGCAUUUUGACGCAACAUGCCGAUUCCGUACCGGAAAAUUGUCUCAAAAGAAAACCAAUCCAAUCAAACUAUACUCCAGAAGGGAGUGAGAUCACUCUCGGAAAUCUGACCAUUUACGAAACCACUGAGAAAAAUUCGACCCGGUUAAUCAUCUCGAUCUAUGAUGCCUUCGGAUUUAGUAACAACAACGUGAAGGAAGUUGCCGAUAGACUUUCCAAAGUUCAGGGAGGAUUUCGCGUAAUUGUGCCAGAUUUUUAUAGGGGAGAAUUUUGGCAUGGAGAUCCCGACGUCUUCCCACCUCCUGACAUGGAAGACCUACUAGCUUGGUUGGAAGAAGUCGGCAGUUGGGAAGACCGGGUGCAGUGGGACUUGAUAAAUAUCGUGGAACAUUACAGAGCCGAAGGUGUAGAAGAAUUUGCAGUUUAUGGAAUGUGCUGGGGUGGCACGAUGUCACUUUUAGCAUCAAUUUAUUUGCCUGAUUACCUCCGCGUGGCGGCGUACAUUCACCCGACCUUAAUUCCGGACGAGUUAGCUCCAGCCGUGAGAAUUCCAACUUUCUUAAUGCCGACGAUGGAGGACCCCGAUUUGACCCAAUUUUAUGAAAUUUUACGCCAAAACUUUGGUAACAACACGGCCCAUUGGAGAUUUGAAGAUAUGUUGCAUGGAUUUGCUAGUGCGAGAGGAGACUUCAGUGAUCCAAGGACUGCUUUAAGAAUUGAAGAAAUGAUAAAUCUCCUGGGAUUUUUCUUCAAUCGGAUUUUAAACAUUGGGAAGUAAUUACUGCGAGUAAAAUUAGCAACAAACUAAUUUGGAAGUGUUGAAAUAAUGGAAUCCUAACAAUUCCAAAUGUUUUCGAAUCCCAAAUUACAAAAGGUUUAAUUUUCAGAAUAAUAAAUCAUGUAAAUCCUUAGAGUGUGUUGCUCUCAAGUUGGAAUAAAUACCGUAAUUUAUGCAAAAUCAA